CAAGCAAGAUGGCCGACGACAACGACUGCCAAGACGGGAAAGAGUUUAAUGGCGAAAUAUCACCCAUACAAGAAGCUGAACAAUUAAAAACCCAGGCAAACAACUUAUUCAAAGAUGGAAAAUAUGAAGCCGCCAUUGGGUUGUACAGUAUGGCCAUCGAACUUAAUCCUUCUGUACCAGCUUACCUAGGUAAUAGGAGCUUUUGUUACUUGAAGACUGAGUACUAUGGUCUUGCUCUUGCUGAUGCAAAUAAAGCCAUUCAACUGGACAAGAAGUACAUAAAAGGGUAUUACCGGCGAGCUACGGCUAACAUGGCACUUGGAAAAUUCAAGCUAAGCCUCAAGGACUAUGAAAUGGUGGUGAAGUUCAGACCCAAUGAUAAGGAUGCCAAGGCAAAAUACACUGAAUGCAAGAAGAUUGUCCAACGGCAAAUGUUCGAGAAAGCAAUUGCAGCAGAAGAGAAGGCAGUAUUUGAUACGAUUGAUAUUGAUUCAAUAGUUGUUGAAGACAGCUAUGAUGGACCAGUCAUCGAUGAUAAGCAGGGAUAUACCUUGGACUUUAUAAAGCAAAUGAUGGAAACAUUCAAAGAACAAAAGAAAAUUCAUAGAAAAUUUGCUUAUAAGAUAUUAAAAGAUAUGAAAUUGUUCCUGGAAAAACAACCUUCGCUGAUUAACAUCAAAAUACCCAAGUCAGGGAAGUUCACAGUCUGUGGUGAUAUUCAUGGUCAGUUUUAUGAUCUUCUCAAUAUAUUUGAACUAAAUGGAAUUCCAUCAGAGGACAAUCCAUAUCUUUUUAAUGGAGAUUUUGUUGAUAGAGGGUCAUUUUCAUGUGAAGUUAUCUUCACAUUAUUUUGUUUCAAGCUAUUAUAUCCAGAACAUUUCUUCAUGUCAAGAGGAAACCAUGAAAGUAGUUCUAUGAAUCAAAUGUAUGGCUUUGAUGGAGAGGUCAAAACUAAAUAUACCCCAGAAAUGGUAGACCUCUUUACAGAAGUCUAUAACUGGCUGCCCUUGUGUCAUUUAAUCGAAAACAAAGUUUUGGUUAUGCAUGGUGGCUUGUUUAGUUCAGAUAAUGUCAAGUUAGAUGAUUUAAGAGAAAUAUCUCGGAAUAAGCAGCCUCCUUCAGAAGGUCUUAUGUGUGAUUUACUAUGGUCAGACCCUCAACCACAGCCUGGAAGAUCAACCAGUAAACGAGGUGUAGGAAUCCAGUUUGGUCCUGAUAUUACAGAGAAGUUCUGUAAAGAUAAUGACCUGGAGUAUAUCAUACGAAGUCAUGAGGUAAAACCGGAAGGGUACGAGGUCAUGCAUGGUGGAAAGUGUAUUACUAUUUUCUCAGCUCCCAAUUAUUGCGACCAGAUGGGAAACAAGGGAGCUUUCAUCACCAUGGGAAGGGAUCUAAAGCCAGUCUUCACCACAUACGAUGCUGUUCCGCACCCCGACGUUAAACCCAUGGCGUACUCCAACUCGUUGAUGCAGAUGUUUGGUUUUAUGUAGAAUACAACGAUUUCUAAUUAUUUCCUUACGAAACAUUGUCAGCCUUCGUUCUUUCCCAAGACCUGGCUCACAAUAAACCUGUUUAGCUUGGGCGCAAUGUUUUCCCAUAUCAGAAGACCACGUGUCAUUCUUGUGAGAACAAGAUAAUUUGUUUGAGUUGUAUCCAUAUUUAUGUCUUCUAGUGUGCAACAGUUAAAUAAAGGAAUGAUACACAAGGGAAUGACGUUUGGUAUAAAUUGGGAAAACAUUAAGCACAAGCUGAAGAGGUCUAUUUAUUGCGAGAUGGUUGGACCUACGCAGCACUUAGUGAUGUAAUAUAUUUAUCAUAUCUAUUGUAUUCUGUGUAUUACAUUCACUGAAUGCUACCUGGGUUCUCCCAUCGCUUUGACACAAGUACGAGAAACACGCAGACUCGUUGCAGCUCUUGUCCAAUAGGCGCGGAAAGACAAGUGUUUACAACAGCAACAUGCACAGACUUACUGCAGCUCUCCCAAAGCAAGCGUUAGCGGGGAAAGACAAUAGGCCAUUUUCACAAACAGUCACGUGCUGAUAUAUCACUUUGAUAACGAAUCAAUUCAGCCAAAUGUCCCUUGGGCAAUGUUCUGCCGGACGGCACCGAAACUAUCUUGUAAGGGGGAAAAGCAUUUUGGAAAAGCUAUUGGAUAUGACAUUACUAAUCCAGCAAAAGUGAUUGGAAUAAAGGAAGUUUGAAGUUUUGCCAUCCUGUAACAGUCACACGUGAAUAUGUCCUGCAAAUGGCCUAUUAGUUAGUGAACAGUACAACGUUAUUCUACGUCGGCAUAUUGCAUGUUCUUGUGUUGUGAGUGAAGAUAAAAACCAGCGCAUAACGAUUCUUUGUCGGCCAGGGACCCCUUGAAGAGAGAAGGAAAAAGUUUUUUCCUUUGGGGCGAAAUGUUUUCUCAUUUUAGACCACGGCAGCCGUAACGGCUUAUACUUAUUUUAUUCCAAAGUCCUCAAAUGGGGAAACAUCUACGCCAAAAUAGACUGUGUGCACGGCCCAGUGAAACUUUAAUUCCCUAUCCAAAAGGAAGAUUGAUAGCACACCAAUCAUAUUGGAAUAGUGGAGCUGAACUUGUCACUCGGUGUGUUCACACUUAAUAGUGCUCGGUCACUUGUUGCGCGGUACAAGUUCCCAACCUUCGUACUCGGGAACAGCUAGUACUCGACCAUGCUUAGGAAUUGUACUUCCAAGCACAAGAACCAAGUGUGAACACGGUCUCGAAGUGACCCCUAUGCAAGGGCACCAAGUCGGGGUUGGACUUGAUGUUUUCAUACUUUUAAGACAUUUUAUCAAGUCCGACCUCGACUUGUUUCAUGGUCACCCGAGAAAAUUUGGUAUUUCGAUAUUGAUUCGAUUCCGAUGGACUAGUCUGAUUUUCUGAUAUAUUUAAAAGGCCUGAAUAAGAUCAGAUUCCAUACAUGCGGUGCAUACAUAAUUCAUACGGCUUGUGAGUUUAUUAUACCCGACGUUUAAUUUUGAGGUGAAAAUAAAAUGGUUUUUUUUUA